UCCCGCUCUCCUGGCAGGGUUUUCCUUUCGCUUUGACCCGCCGGGCUGGACGCAGUGCCAGCCUUCGGGGCUGGCUGCAGCUGUCCCGGCCCGUGCCAGCUCCUCCCCCAGCCAGCACGGAGCCUCCGUGGCCGGUGCCACACGGCUGCAAGGCCGGCUCGUCCUCCGGGCUUCCAUGGCACUGCUGGAGCUCCCUGGCUGUGGGGCUGUGGCAGCCUGGGAGCCGGCCUUGGCUGGGUGACACCGGAGGAAGGAGGCAGCCGUCGAGGCCACCAUGGCCCUGGCAGGUGCCCUGGAGCGGCUGCAGGAGGAGGCCAUCUGCCCCAUCUGCCUGGAGUACAUGAGCGAGCCCGUCAGCAUCGACUGCGGGCACAACUUCUGCCGGGGCUGCAUCGCCAAGCACUGCCAGGACAAGGGGCUCUGGGCCGACGGGCCCUUCUCGUGCCCGCAGUGCAGGGCCUCCUGCCACCGCAGCGGCCUCCGCCCCAACCGCCAGCUGGCCAACAUCGUGGAGGGCAUCCGCCAGCUCGGGCUGCGGGGUGGCCUGGGAGCCGAGCCCGACCCGGGCACCCCCCUGUGCCCGCAGCACGACGAGCGCCUCAAGCUGUUCUGCGAGGAGGACGAGGAGCCCAUCUGUGUGGUGUGCCGGGAGUCGCUGCUCCACCGGCCGCACACCGUGUACCCCAUCGAGGAGGCGGCGCAGGCCUACAAGGUCAAACUCCAGAAAUCCCUGGAGAAUCUUUUGAAGGAAGCGGAGGAGGUGAAGAAGCGUGAGUCAGCAGAGAGGAUGAAAACCCAGGAGUGCAAGAUGGUGAAGAAAAAGCGGGAGAGGAUCGUGAGCGAGUUUGGGAAGCUGCAUCGGCUGCUGGCUGAUGAGGAGAAGCUGCUGCUCCAGACGCUGGAGGAGGAGGAGAAGCAGAUUCUGCUGCUGAUCAAUGAAAACCUGGCCAGGCUGGUGGAGGAGAAGUGCUUGCUGGAGGACCUGAUCCUGGAGAUAAAGGAGAAGAGCCAGCAGCCGGCUGACGGGCUGCUCAAGGACAUGAAAAGCAUCCUGAGCAGGUGUGAGGAGGUGAAGUUCCAUUCCCCCAAGCCUGUGUCAGUGACCCUGAAGGAAAACUACAGCAUUCCUGAGCGGUGCCUGGGCAUGAGGGACAUGCUGAAGAAGUUCAAAGUGGACGUGGUCCUGGACCCCGAGACGGCUCACCCGGAGCUCAGCGUGUCCGAGGACCGCAAGAGCGUGAGGCGCGGGAGCAAGAAGCUGCUCCUGUCCCUCUUUGACAACCCCAAGAGGUUUGGCACCGCCCCAGUGGUGUUGGGCAGUCAGAGCUUCUUCUCAGGCCGCCACUACUGGGAGGUGCAGGUGGGAGACAAGCCCGAGUGGGGGCUGGGGCUGUGCCGGGAGUCCGCCGGCCGCAAAGGCACCGUCCUCUUCUCCCCAAACAACGGCUACUGGGUGCUGAGGCUGCAGAACGGGGGCAUCUACGAGGCCCUGACCUCCCCCAUCUCCCCCCUGACCCUGAGUGUGAGGCCCCGGCGCGUCGGGAUCUUCCUGGACUACGAGGCAGGAGAAAUCUCCUUCUACAACGUCAGCGACCGCUCCCACAUUUACACCUUCACCGACCGGCUCACCGGGAACCUCCGGCCUUUCUUCUUCCUGGGGGGCUUUUUGGGGGGCAGAAAUGCAGAGCCCUUGGUGAUCUCCUGGGUCAGGGAUACUCAGGGGACUGGGUGUGUCAUCCUGUGACAGCGGCUGCCCUGGAUUCUCACCGGUGGGCAGAGACCUGGGAGCCCAACCGGCUCCUCUGGUGAACAGGAGCACCAGGGAAACACCUCUGUGCCUUGGGGAGGGUCCUGGCAGGAUCCCUGCAUGGUCCUGGCUGCUGGCUGGGCAUGACCUGCUGCAUGUGACACCCAUCGUGAGCCACGUCCGUUCUGGGAGGGGCUCUUUGUGCCGUCACCCUCUGUGCCACCAAUGGGGACAGGGGAGUCCCCUGAUCACUGGUGCCCUGGUGCUCAUCUCACAGGCUGCUGGAGAAGGAUAUGAGCCCAGCCUGCCACGUAGUGCUGAUUUUGGUGUGAAUUAUAUCAGAAUAAGGCAAUAAAGGGUUGAUUUGGGGAGCCUUGUGUGGUUUAA